AAGCUCGCAACUACCACUGGUAACGGACCGGGACCAACUCCGUGGCGUAGACGUGCAACUACCACUGGCAACGGACCGGGACCAACUACAUGGCGUAGACCUGCAACUACCACUGGCAACGGACCGGGGCCAACGCCAUCCCCUAGGCCUGCAACUACCACUGGCAACGGACCGGGACCAACUACAUGGCGUAGACCUGUGACUACCACUGGCAACGGACCGGGACCAACUCCGUGGCGUAGGCCUGGGACUACCACUGGCAACGGACCGGGACCAACUACAUGGCGAAGAACUGGAGGUACCUCUGAGAAGCGACCG